AUGGUGUGGCGUGGCAGCGAGGUGAUGCAGGCGGGCGCGUCGAAGCCCGCCGCGGAGGUGAUCCGCACCCUCACGAGGGGCGCCUCCACCAGAAUCUCGCCGGACGCCCUCGUCAGGUACUUCCGUCCGCUGGAGCUGUGGCUGCGCGCUCAGAACCGUGAGGAGCAGCUCAUCGGCUGGAGCGCUGACGAGAGCGACGUGCGCCUCUUCUCGCCCCUCACCGCAAAAGCCCCCUCCACCUCACCCCCCUCCGCCCCCCUUCUCCUACUCCUCACCGCACCCCUCACCCUCCGCCUCCUCCUGAGAUCAGAG